UGGCUUCGCGGCGGUGCGGGCGGCGGCGGCGCAGGCCUCUCCUCAGGACCUGGCGAGCCCGGGCCUAAGCGGCGGCCCCCCAAGCCCCCCGCACGGCGCUCCAGGCCGGGCCCCUCCCCGUCUCGCCCUGCCCCGGGAGCCUGUCUCCCCGGCCGGGGAUGAGGCCGGGAAGCGGCUGCGCGGGGCCCAGCACAAAGGCUUGUCCCCAGGGGCCGCCGCCGCUGCCGCCGCCACCGCCCCCACCAGCCUAGAGCCGCCUGUAGAAGCUGAGCCGGCACCCGGGCCCUCAUCCCCUCCGAUUCCCGGUGGCGGGCAUUGCCGGUCUCCCCGAGGCUCGGGGACCCGAGCUCCGAGCCCUUUGCUUCCUCGGCUGCCAGGGGACCAGACAGCCGCUCAACCUCCGCUGCUCCGGGCCGUGGGAGCCCUGCAGAGCAUGUCGGAGGAUAGCGAUAUGGAGAAAGCCAUCAAGGAAACCUCCAUUUUAGAAGAAUACAGUAUCAACUGGACUCAGAAGCUGGGCGCGGGAAUUAGUGGUCCAGUUAGAGUCUGUGUAAAGAAAUCUACUCAAGAACGGUUUGCACUGAAAAUCCUGCUCGAUCGUCCAAAAGCUAGAAAUGAGGUGCAUCUGCACAUGAUGUGUGCCACACACCCCAAUAUAGUUCAGAUUAUUGAAGUGUUUGCUAACAGUGUACAGUUCCCUCAUGAGUCCAGUCCCAGGGCUCGACUCUUAAUUGUAAUGGAGAUGAUGGAAGGGGGCGAGCUAUUUCACAGGAUCAGCCAGCACCGGCACUUUACAGAGAAGCAAGCCAGCCAAGUAACAAAGCAGAUAGCCCUGGCUCUACAGCACUGUCACUUGCUAAACAUUGCGCACAGAGACCUCAAGCCUGAAAAUCUGCUUUUCAAGGAUAACUCUUUGGAUGCCCCUGUGAAAUUAUGUGACUUUGGGUUUGCUAAAGUUGACCAAGGUGACUUGAUGACACCCCAGUUUACCCCUUAUUAUGUAGCACCUCAGGUACUGGAAGCACAGAGAAGGCACCAGAAGGAGAAGUCUGGCAUCAUACCUACCUCGCCAACGCCCUACACUUACAACAAGAGCUGUGACCUGUGGUCCCUAGGGGUGAUCAUCUAUGUGAUGUUGUGUGGAUAUCCUCCUUUUUACUCCAAACACCACAGUCGGACUAUCCCAAAGGAUAUGCGGAGAAAGAUCAUGACAGGAAGUUUCGAGUUUCCAGAAGAAGAGUGGAGCCAGAUCUCAGAGAUGGCCAAAGACGUUGUGAGGAAGCUCCUAAAGGUCAAACCGGAGGAAAGACUUACUGUCCAGGGAGUGUUGGACCAUCCCUGGCUUAACUCCACGGAGGCCCUGGACAAUGUGCUGCCCUCUGCUCAGCUGAUGAUGGAUAAGGCAGUGGUUGCAGGGAUCCAGCAGGCUCAUGCCGAGCAGCUGGCCAACAUGAGAAUCCAGGACCUCAAAGUUAGCCUGAAACCCCUUCACUCCGUGAACAACCCCAUCCUGAGAAAGAGGAAGUUACUUGGCACCAAGCCAAAGGAUGGUAUUUAUAUACACGACCAUGAGAAUGGAGCUGAGGAUUCAAAUGUUGCCUUGGAAAAGCUUCGAGAUGUCAUUGCCCAGUGUAUCCUCCCCCAGGCUGGUAAAGGAGAGAACGAGGAUGAGCGGCUGGACGAGGUAAUGCAGGAGGCCUGGAAGCACAACCGUGAGUGCAAACUCCUGAGGGACGCGCUGCAGGGCUUCAGCUGGAACGGAUUGGAUGAACCUCACUAGCAGGCCCUGCUGUCCAGGUUUUGAGAGCAGUUGCAUGAGUUCAGGAAUGCUCAAUGCAGGUGCUUGAGGCUCUGAGCAUCUGCAGACGCUGCACCAGCUCUGCUGCUUUUUGCUUUCUGAUUUUGUAGUGUCACUCACUGCAGUGUGGCUUUAGUUGGCAUUUAGCCUGGUGACCUUGUGUUGUUUAGAAAUGCAUACUGAUCCCUUUAGUAUGUGCCUGUUUUAACUUUUGGCCUGCCUUUCUACCCAGUUGCUACUUUUUCUUUUCUUUGGUUAUUUUUUGAGACAGGGUUUCUCUGUGUAGCCCCGGCUGUCCUGGAACCCACAGAUAUCUGCCUGCCUCCUGAGUGCUGGGGCUAAAGGUGUGCACCACAACGCCCACUUUCAGAAGUUUUUAUGUGCUCGGGUAUGAGUGCCUGGCCAGAUGUACAUCAGUUAUCACUGGUUUGUGGUUUGUGAAACUGCUUAGUUGCUGCUUGAAAACAGAGGAUCUGAGUUGCUCCUGGACAGUGGGGUGGAUUCCUGCUGGUGAGGUGUGCAUGCUGGCUCCAGCCAUGUGAGGGGCUGGAGACUGACCUCACUCUUUCUUGAGUUUCAGGUCGUGGAUUCACAGAUAAAGUAGACCGGCUGAAGCUGGCAGAGGCUGUGAAGCAGGUGAUCGAAGAGCAGACUGUUCCCCAUGAGCCCCAGCAGUGAAAGCUUCAAACUGUUUUUAACAAUUGGAAAAUUAUUCCUUAAUGUAAAAAGUAAUUUUUAUGUAAAUUAAUAAAUCAUAAUUUCAUUUC